AUGGAGUCUCAUUGGGACCCCUUCGCUACCAACGCGUCAACUGUACACGAGCCCACCUCUGUGAGCAACGAUGAGCUCUACCUCAGCUGGUUCCAGACCGCCGACACAGACGGCGACGGGAGGCUCACCGGUCCUGAUGCAGUGACCUUUUUCCAGCGCAGUGGUCUGCAGAGGGAUGCUCUGGCCAAAGUGUGGGCGGCGGCAGACUACAGUCGCCGUGGCUUCCUGGACCUGCCCGCCUUUGCCAAGGCGAUGGAGCUCAUCUCGGUGGCACAGAGGACGGGCAAGGUCGGAGGCGAGGCAUAUACCCAGGCAAAAGCCAUGGGCGUGGCCCCACCGCGCAUGGCGGGGCUGGAAAAGAAAGCGGGUCCCGGCUCGCACACGGAGCGAGGCGGGAUCAAUCCCUUUGGCGGCGCAGAGAGCUCUGAGAGCACCCCACGUCUGGCUUCGUCGCCCCCCGUGGGUGUCCCGCCCUUCAAGCUGGCUUUCCCACCGCAAGCCGAGGCAAGCAGUCAUCCCAGCACCGCCCGGACCACGUCACGCCGGCAUCAGUCGCUGCGACGGCCGGUGAUGACCACCAAGGAGGCGGUGGGCAUCUCUGAAGGCCUGAAGAACAUCUACUUCAACAAGAUCCGCCCGCUGGAGGACGGCUACAAGUUUGGCCACUUCUUCUCCCCCCUCCUCUCCGCGGGCGACUUUGAAGCCAAGCCCUCCGUCCUGCUGCUCGGUCAGUACUCCACGGGCAAGUCCACCUUUAUCAAGUUCCUGCUGGGGCGCGACUACCCAGGCAUCCACAUCGGGCCCGAGCCCACCACCGAUCGCUUCGUCGUGGUGAUGCAUGGGCCGGAGGAGAGGAGGACGCCAGGGAACACCCUCGUGGUGCAGCCCGACAAGCCGUACACAGGCCUGUCCCAGUUUGGCAAUGGGUUCCUGUCCAAAUUUGAGUCCGCCCAGUGCGACAACCGUCUGCUGGAGGAAAUCUCGCUGGUGGACACCCCAGGCGUGUUGUCUGGCGAGAAGCAGCGCAUAGAGCGCACCUACGACUUCAUCCAGGUCUGCGGCUGGUUUGCUGCGCGCUGCGACCUCAUCCUCCUGCUAUUCGACCCCUACAAGCUGGACAUCUCCGACGAGUUCAAGGAGGUGAUCAGCACGCUGCGUGGGCACGAUGACAAGGUGCGCAUCGUGCUGAACAAGGCCGACAGCGUGGACCAGCAGCAGCUGAUGCGGGUGUACGGCGCACUCAUGUGGUCCCUGGGCAAGGUCUUCCGCUCGCCGGAGGUGUGCCGCGUGUACAUUGGCUCCUUCAACGCCUCCAACCCCAUUCGGGACGACGUGAACCCCACUUGCAAGCCCCUUUUCGAGAAGGAGCAGGAGGACCUGCUGCACGACCUUUACGACAUCCCCGCGCGCUCCUGCGACCGUAAGGUGAACGAAUUCGUCAAGCGCGUGCGGGCGGCCAAGAUCCACUGCCUCAUCAUGGGCCACCUGCGCAAGCAGAUGCCCUACUUCGGGCAGAAGAAGGCCCAGGAGAAGCUGAUGGACAAUCUGGCAAAUGAGUUCCGGCAGGGAUUACGAUCCUGCAUCUGGAUCCAACACCCGCCCGACGCCAUCGCCAAUGUUAUUCACCCCGCCGACGCAGGCGACUUCCCUGACGUGAAUCGGUACCGGGACAUCCUGUCCGCCUUUGACAUUUCCAAAUUCACCAAGCUGGACAAGAGCAUGAUCAAGCAGAUCGACGACUCGCUCUCCAUAGACAUCCCCCAGCUGGUCCGGCAGAUGGACAACCCCUAUGUCUGA